AUGGCCUACCCAUAUAGGAAGAUUCCCAGCCAUUUUGCCAAAGAUGCGCCCCGGGAAGGAGACACUGGCCCUUCGGGUGCUUCCCUUCUGCCCUCGGGAGCGCUGGGGAGUAGCAGCAGUCUGAGCAAAGAGAGCCUCGAAGAGAGAGUGACUUUGGCCCCUCUGAAUCCAGCGCAGUCGGGGGAAGAUCUUCGAGAGCCAGGGCUAGAAGGGGCAGCCCCUUCGGCCCCCCUGUCCACGCGGCUGCCGGAGGAGGCCGCCACCAAGCGCGCCCUCCCCUCCGGGAAGAAGCUGCCUUCGCUGAAGCAGGUGAACUCGGCCAGGAAACAGCUGCGGCCCAAAGCCACCUCCACGGCAGCUGUCCAGAGGGCGGCGUCCCCGCCUGCAUCCUCAGGCCUGGGGCUCCUCUCCUCUGCCACCGAGAAGCCCCGCCCCCCGGGAGACCCCGAGCCCGCCGCCUCCGAAGAGCCCCUCUGGCUGGACCGGAAGGCAGGUGCGGUCCCCACGACGCCUGCACCCCUGCAGAUCUCCCCCUUCACCUCGCAGCCCUACAUGGCCCACACGCUCCCCCAGAGGCCCGACCCCGGGGAGCCUGCGGCGCCUGAUGAUGCCCCCGAGGCUCCCCCAGAAGAUGCCAGUCCCAUGACCUUAAUGGACAAAGGCGAGAACGAACUGACCGGGUCAGCCUCAGAGGAGAGCCAGGAGACCACGACAUCCACCAUCAUCACCACCACAGUCAUCACGACUGAGCAGGCCCCCGCUCCCUGCAGUGUGAGCUUCUCCGAUCCUGAAGGGUACAUCGACUCCAGUGACUACCCACCGCUGCCCCUCAGUAGCUUCCUGGAGUGUACAUACAACGUGACGGUCUACACUGGCUACGGUGUGGAGCUCCAGGUGAAGAGCGUGAACCUGUCUGACGGCGAGCUGCUCUCCAUCCGCGGGGUGGACGGUCCCACCCUGACUGUCCUGGCCAACCAGACUCUCCUGGUAGAGGGACAGGUUAUCCGAAGUCCCACCAACACCAUCUCUGUCUACUUCCGGACCUUCCAGGAUGACGUCCUUGGGACUUUUCAGCUGCAUUAUCAGGCCUUCAUGCUGAGCUGCAAUUUUCCCCGCCGGCCCGACUACGGGGAUGUCACCGUGAUGGACCUGCACCCGGGCGGGGCGGCCCACUUCCACUGCCACCUGGGCUAUGAGCUCCAGGGCGCCAAGAAGGUGACUUGCAUGAAUGCCUCCAAGCCACACUGGAGCAGCGAGGAGCCCGUCUGUUCAGCCCCUUGUGGAGGGGCUGUGCACAAUGCCACCAUUGGCCGGGUCCUCUCCCCAAGUUACCCAGGAAACACCAAUGGGAGCCAGUUCUGCGUGUGGACCAUUGAAGCUCCGGAGGGCCAGAAGCUACACCUGCAUUUCGAGAGGCUGUCAUUGCAUGAGAAGGACAGGAUGAUGGUCUACAGUGGCCUGACCAACAAGUCUGCUCCUCUCUAUGACUCCCUCCAAACCGAGAAUGUCCCCUUUGAGGGUCUGCUGAGUGAGGGCAACAGCAUCCGCAUUGAGUUCACGUCUGACCAGGCACGAGCAGCCUCAGCCUUCAACAUCCGGUUCGAGGCCUUUGAGAAAGGCCACUGUUAUGAGCCCUACAUUCAGAAUGGGAAUUUCACCACAUCUGACCCGACCUAUAACAUCGGAACGACAGUGGAGUUCACCUGCGACCCUGGCCACUCUCUGGAGCAAGGUCCGGCCAUUAUCGAGUGCAUCAACAUGCGGGACCCAUACUGGAAUGACACAGAGCCCCUAUGCAGAGCCAUGUGUGGUGGGGAGCUCUCUGCCGUGGCCGGGGUGGUACUGUCCCCAAACUGGCCAGAGCCGUAUGUGGAAGGUGAAGAUUGUAUCUGGAAGAUUCACGUAGGGGAGGAGAAACGGAUCUUCUUAGACAUCCAGUUCCUGAACCUGAGCAACAGCGACAUCCUGACUAUCUAUGACGGCGAUGAGGUCAUGCCUCACAUCUUGGGGCAGUACCUUGGGAACAGUGGUCCCCAGAAGCUGUACUCGUCCACACCGGACUUAACCAUCCAGUUCCACUCGGACCCUGCUGGCCUCAUCUUUGGGAAAGGCCAGGGAUUUAUAAUGAACUACGUAGAGGUAUCAAGGAAUGAUUCCUGCUCAGACCUGCCAGAAAUCCAGAACGGCUGGAAAACCACUUCUCAUACGGAGCUUGUGAGAGGAGCCAGAAUCACGUACCAGUGUGACCCGGGCUAUGACAUAGUAGGAAGUGACACCCUCACCUGCCAGUGGGACCUCAGCUGGAGCAGCGACCCCCCGUUUUGUGAGAAAAUUAUGUACUGCACCGACCCCGGGGAAGUGGACCACUCGACCCGCUUAAUUUCAGAUCCCGUGCUGCUGGUGGGCACCACCAUCCAAUACACAUGCAACCCCGGCUUUGUGCUGGAAGGGAGCUCUCUUCUAACCUGCUACAGCCGAGAGACUGGCACGCCCAUCUGGACGUCUCGCCUACCCCAUUGUGUUUCGGAAGAGUCCCUGGCAUGUGACAACCCUGGCUUGCCCGAAAACGGUUACCAAAUCCUGUACAAGAGGCUCUACCUGCCAGGAGAGUCCCUCACCUUCAUGUGCUACGAAGGCUUUGAGCUCAUGGGCGAAGUGACCAUUCGAUGCAUCCUGGGACAGCCAUCCCACUGGAACGGGCCCCUGCCCAUUUGUAAAGUUAAUCAAGACAGCUUUGAACACGCAUUAGAAGUAGCAGAAGCAGCAGCCGAGACAUCGCUGGAAGGGGGAAAUAUGGCACUGGCUAUCUUCAUCCCAGUCCUCAUCAUCUCCUUACUGCUGGGAGGAGCCUACAUUUACAUCACCAGAUGUCGCUAUUACUCCAACCUCCGCCUGCCCCUGAUGUACUCCCACCCUUACAGCCAGAUCACCGUGGAAACCGAGUUUGACAACCCCAUUUAUGAGACAGGGGAAACCAGGGAGUAUGAAGUUUCCAUUUAA